GAACAAAAGUGAGAAAAAAAAGAGACUAUGUGUACAAGAGGAUGAUGAGAGACAGAGCGACAGUGAGAGAGAAAGAUACCUCUACCAAGACUCCACACUGAGACAGAGGAUUACCGAAAAAAGCAGGGAAGGAGAGGUGGUAGAAUCACUUAUUCCAAUAGUACAGGGGGAGAGAACAGAGCCAGCACAAGGGAGGGAGGAAUUCUUGCAAGCACAAGUGAAGCAGCGAUCAGGGUAGCAAUCCAAGCACAUUUACUCGAGAAGGAAAGAGGGUAGAGCAAGAGAAAGAGAGUGAGAAGGUCUGAAGGUGGAGGGGGGGGGGGGGGGGUGGCAUGCCUAUGGAGUGUGACAUUGAUAGAGCGAACCAGAGAGAGAGAGAGAGCAGAAAGCAUAGGGAGGAACAGGAGCAAGAACUAGAGAGAAAUAAGUCAUCACAGAGAGAGUGAGCUCAACGCACAAACACAAAGAGAGGGGGAAGGAGGAAGCGAGGAGAGAGAAAGAGCAAAGUGAGUAAGAGAGUGAAAGGAGAGGAACGAGAUGAUGGAACCCAGAAAUAGUUUUACAGGAGGAUAGCCACUCAUCCCUGCUCUCUGCGGUAGACAUGAUUCCAGGCAGAGGACUCUGCUGGAAUUAGCAAGAGGGACGAUACAGGACAGCAUGUCUGCAGCACCACUGCCUCGGUGUAUGCAGCAAGGCAGUUGAUUUGUUACUGAGGGAGUGUGUCAGUGUGUGUGUGUAUGUGUGUGCCGGCGGGCUUUUUACUGUUUCUUGUAGUGAUUGGGGGAGGAGCCACCGUUUCUUGUGACAAGAAAAUUCAGUAAGCAAUACUGUGCAUGCCAGCAGCUUUAUUUGCAAAUGUGUCUUUACAUUCUAGCGUAGUAAAUGCAGUAAGGAUCCCGGGCAGUGACAGUCGGUCAUAGAGUUUGUGUGUGUGGGUGAGUGUAUCUACGGCUCUGCAUGGAGGUGAGCAGAGGAAGGGUCAACUGGGUGCAGUGUGCUGGGUUUGAGGAGGAAGGUUAUAGGGAAGGUACUGAACACAAUGCAAGGACAAGAGCUUCGCACUGAUGGGAGGGAGUGCAUAUGAGGUACCAGGAGAGCCCUGGGCGUAGGGUGGAGGACGGAAAAAGAGGGGGUAGGGAAGAGAGAGAGUGAGGGGGAGAAAAGGGGGGAGGAAGGAGAUAUAAAGGAGGAGGGAGAAAAGGUGAGAGAGAGAGUGAGCGAGAUCAUGGCUGUCAGAUACAGUGAGCUAUAGUAUAGAUCUGAGUGGUGCGGCAGGGGGAGGACGAGCUUCACUGCACAGGGAGGGGGAGAAAGGGAGGGGGAGAGAGGAAGAGAGGCAGACGGCACCGCUCCUCUGCCAGGAAGGGAAGAGCAGAACGGGACCGGACCGAGGGAGGACACACACGUUCACCCCCACACAGUCACUCCUACAGAGAACCAUCGGCCAGGUCAACGAGUAGAGGUCAGGAGAAGCUGGUGUGGGACGGGGGCGGAUGCCCCCCUCUGGCUGGGUACUGUCUGGAGCACUGAGCCCAGGAGGAGGGGAAGGAGGAGGGGAAGGAAUCGGGGUAGAGCCCCAGAGCCCUGGUUCCUCUGAAGGAAUCGGGGGAGAGCCCCAGAGCCCUGGUUCCUCUGUAGAUUGAACCUGUCUUUCGAUGACCAUGGGGGAGUGGACCAUUCUGGAGCGGCUGCUCGAGGCUGCUGUCCAGCAACAUUCUACCAUGAUUGGGAGGAUCCUGCUGACUGUAGUAGUGAUCUUCCGUAUUUUGAUAGUAGGUAUAGUGGGUGAAAAGGUCUAUGAGGACGAGCAAAUAAUGUUCAUCUGCAACACUAUGCAGCCGGGCUGCAACCAGGCCUGCUACGACAAGGCCUUCCCUAUAUCCCACAUCCGCUUCUGGGUCUUCCAGAUCAUCUUGGUUUGUACGCCCAGCCUAUGCUUCAUCACCUACUCCGUACACCAGUCCGCCAAGCAGCGUGACCGCAGUUACUCCAUCCUGCACCCCUACAUAGACCACGGUCACGCAAGUCACCACGGUCGUGGAGGCGAUCACCACGCCCGCAAGCUGCGCAACAUCAAUGGCAUCCUGGUGCAGAACCCCGACAGCGGCAAGGAGGAGCAAGACCUGGAGGUCAAGGAGAUCCCCAACGUGUCCCGGGGGCUCACGCAGGCCAAGAGCGCCAAGGUGCGGCGGCAGGAGGGCAUCUCCCGCUUCUACGUCAUCCAGGUGGUGUUCCGUAACGUGCUGGAGAUCGGCUUCCUGGCCGGCCAGUACUUCCUGUAUGGCUUCAACGUACCAGGGAUGUUUGAGUGUGACCGCUACCCCUGUGUGAAGGAGGUGGAGUGCUACGUGUCACGCCCUACAGAGAAGACGGUGUUCCUGAUUUUCAUGUUUGCAGUGAGCGGCAUCUGUGUGCUGCUCAACCUGGCCGAGCUCAACCACCUGGGCUGGAGGAAGAUCAAGACGGCCGUCAGGGGUGUUCAGGCCCGCAGGAAGUCCAUCUGUGAGGUGCGUAAGAAGGACGUGCCGCAUCUGUCCCAGGCCCCCAACCUGGGCAGGACUCAGUCCAGUGAGUCAGCCUAUGUCUGACAGAGGUUCCUCCACAUGGGGGGACCUGGACUUCUGGACCAAGCAAGCUUUUUCUGGAGAGAACAAACACUUAGCCCAGCUCCCCCCACCCUAAGGGGCACUAACUCUAUGUACACUGCAACAUUAUUAAGGAGCGCAGAGGGACUUCACAUGGCCACAUUGGAGGAUUAUUGGAGAGAAUAACUUUUUGGACUCUACAAGAGAGAGAAAGUACGUCAAGGGCAGUUUUGUUGCUGUAACUAAAGUUAGAUUUUAACUGUAGGGGGAGUUGUGCGCUGAAUCCUAGGUGACACUAGGUGCCUUCCAAGAGAACACACUGGAAAAAGAAGACAUAGGACUAAUUACUGUAAGAAUAUGAAAUAAGGAUAGUUAAAUAAGAAAUAAGUCUCAACUAAAAAUUUCUAUCCUUUGCAAGAGGUCAUAGUCCCUUAAAUUCUUAAUGUAUGUGUGCAUAUGCAAGAAUGUAUGCCUGCACGUGUGUGCGAGAGAUAAAGCAGUGUGUAUGCCUUUGUUCUGCAGAGUCAGAGCAGGGAUAAUGGGUGAAGUUGAGUUGCUGAAGGAAUGAAACAUUUCUUUCAGUUAUUUUCCUUCCCUGCGGCAGCUCCACUGUAAGGAGAAGCCAAGAAGAGGUGAUGCACCUUUAAAAAAAUGUCAAAAAUCAACACUAAAAUUAUACCUCAGCACAAACUGGAAACCUCCUCUCCCUGUCUCCACUCCCCCAAGUAGCACCCCCUCCUCUACCCACACCCCCACUAGCACCCCCUCCUCUCCCCAUCCCCACUCCCCCAGUAGGACCCCCUCCCUCCGCUCCUCCACUAGCACCCCCUCCUCUACCCACUCCCCACUAGCACCCCCUCCCUCCACUCCGCCACUAGCAACCCCCCUCUCCUCUCCCUGUCCCCACACCCCCACUAGCAACCCUCCUCUCACCGUCCCCGCUCACCCAGUAGCACCCCCUCCUCUCCCCAUCCCCACACCCCCACUAGCACCCCCUCCUCUCCCCGUACCCGCUCCCCCAGUAGCACCCCCUACUCUCCUCUCCCCAUCCCCACACCCCCACUAGCACACCCUCCUUUUUCCCCGCUCCCUCAGUAGCACCCCCUCCUUCACCCGCUCCCCCAGUAGCACCCCCUCCUCCACCUGCUCCCCCAGUAGCACCCCCUCCUCUCUGCUCCACCAGUAGCACACCCUCCUCUCCGCUCCCCCAAUAGCAGCCCCUCCUCCCCCUGCUCCCCCAGUAGCACCCCUCCUCCCUCCGCUCCCCCACUAGCACCCCCUC